UUUGUUGAAGAAAUAGCAAUGCACAUGGGUGAGCCAACCACACGAGGCAUUAAUGUGCAGCCACCAAUCAGCAGCUACUGAGCCUAUUUAGACCACCUCCGUCUGCCCAGUGAUGUUACAGUGGGGUGCUCAGUGACAGGGUUGUGCAGAGCGGUAUGGCGGGGGCCUGGCUGGUUCUGUGGGGUCUCUGUUCAGCCGCCAUAUUGUUGACCUCUUCUACUCAAGGGUUAAGCAGAGCUGCACUUCCAUUCGGGCUGAUGCGGCGAGAGCUGGCGUGUGAAGGAUACCCGAUAGAGCUGAGGUGCCCAGGAAGUGAUGUCAUCAUGGUGGAGAAUGCCAAUUACGGGCGUACGGAUGACAAGAUCUGUGAUGCAGACCCCUUUCAGAUGGAAAACGUGCAGUGCUACUUGCCUGAUGCCUUCAAAAUAAUGUCACAGAGGUGUAACAAUCGUACGCAAUGUGUUGUAGUUGCUGGUUCUGAUUCGUUCCCUGACCCAUGUCCUGGAACCUACAAGUAUCUGGAGGUCCAAUAUGACUGCGUACCCUACAUUUUCGUAUGUCCGGGUACUCUGCAGGAAAUCCUGGAGCCCACUUCUACCCAUGAAUCAGACCACCAGUCAGGGGCAUGGUGCCGAGAUCCCCUGCAAGCUGGUGAGCGCCUUUAUGUUAUGCCAUGGAUCCCUUAUCGUACAGACACAUUGACAGAGUAUGCCACAUGGGAGGACUAUGCUGCUGGGCGUCACACCACCACUUACCGUCUACCCAGUCGAGUAGAUGGGACAGGCUUUGUGGUGUAUGAUGGGGCAGCCUUCUAUAACAAGGAGCGUACUCGCAACAUUGUUAAAUAUGAUCUACGGACAAGGAUCAAGAGUGGGGAAGCCAUUAUAUCUACAGCAAAUUACCAUGACACGUCUCCAUAUCGAUGGGGUGGUAAGACUGACAUUGACCUUGCUGUGGAUGAAAAUGGGCUCUGGGUAAUCUAUGCAACAGAAGCCAACAGUGGUAGGCUGGUGGUUAGCCAGCUCAACCCAUACACACUGCGUUUUGAAGGCACAUGGGAGACCACAUAUGAUAAACGAUCUGCAUCUAAUGCUUUUAUGGCAUGUGGAGUCCUUUAUGUUCUGAGAUCAGUGUAUGUGGAUGAUGACAGUGAAUCAGCAGGAAACAGGCUGGAGUAUGCUUUUAACACACACCGUAAUAGGGAGGAACCACUGGGGACAGCUGGUGCCAUAGGACUUGACUUUCCUAAUCCUUAUCAGUAUGUAUCAUCUGUGGACUACAACCCUAGGGAUGGGCAACUCUAUGUUUGGAACAACUAUUUUCUUGUGCGUUAUGCAUUGAGGUUUGGCCCACCAGACCCAGCAGAAGGUCCACCUACACCAACCCCAUCGGUAGUUACGGCUACUCUACCCCCACCUCCAAUGACUGUCACUACUCCUGCCUCAGCCACCACCACUGUCCGCAGGCCUCCCCUAACCACUCAUCCUGUGGGGGCAAUAAAUCAAGUUGGACAUGAUCCCCCUACUCCAGGGACACGUCGCCCUCCUCCAUCCAACCAGCAUUCUCAUCCAGAACUGUUUUGCCCCCCUCGGGAGGAAAGGAGAGUCCAGUGGCCAGCUACACAGCAAGGCAUGCUGGUUGAGAGACCAUGUCCUAAGGGAACACGAGGUAUUGCUUCAUUCCUCUGUCUACCAAAUUUGGGAGUAUGGAAUCCACGGGGGCCAGACCUGAGUAACUGCACCUCUCCGUGGGUUAGCCAAGUUGCUCAAAAGAUUAAGAGUGGAGAAAAUGCAGCUAAUAUUGCAGGGGAGCUAGCCCGUCACACUCGCGGACAGAUCUAUGCGGGAGAUGUCACCUCAUCUGUGCGCCUUUUGGAUCAGCUUCUAGAUAUUCUGGAUGCUCAACUACAAAUGCUAAGACCUGUGGAGAGAGAGAGUGCCGGCAAGAAUUACAACAAGAUGCAUAAAAGAGAGAGGACUUGCAAAGACUACAUUAAGGCGGUGGUGGAAACUGUAGAUAACCUUUUGCGUCCAGAUGCUCUACCUUCAUGGAGGGACAUGAAUGUGACUGAGCAGGAACACGCUGCUACCAUGUUACUUGACAUUUUAGAGGAAGGUGCCUUCCUAUUGGCUGACAAUGUCAAGGAGCCUGCUCGUUUUCAGACUGCAAAGACUAAUGUGGUGUUGGAGGUCUCAGUAGUAAACACUGAAGGUCUGGUCACUGAACUGAUAUUCCCUCAGGACAAUCUCAGUCUCAGCUCCAUCCAAUUGUCUGCCAAUUCCAUCAAACAGAACAGCCGCAAUGGUGUAGUAAAGGUUGUCUUCGUCCUGUAUAAUAACCUUGGCCUCUUCCUGUCAACGGAAAACUCAACAGUGCGCUUAGGAGGAGACAGUGGCUCUACAGGACACUCGCUGGUGGUAAACUCACAGAUCAUUGCAGCCUCCAUAAACAAAGAGUCCAGUAGAGUCUUCCUAAUGGACCCUGUAAUAUUCACAUUACCACAUUUGCAGACCAAUAACCACUUCAAUGCGAACUGUACAUUUUGGAAUUACUCCGAACGCUCCAUGCUUGGUUACUGGUCUUCCCAAGGAUGCAGACUAUUGCACACAAACCAGACUCACACCACUUGUGCAUGCAGCCAUCUUACUAACUUUGCUGUGCUCAUGGCACACAGGGACAUGUACCAGGGACGUAUUAAUGAGCUACUGCUUUCGGUCAUCUCAUGGGUGGGCAUCGUAAUCUCGUUAGUUUGCCUUGGGAUCUGUAUUUCCACUUUCUGUUUCCUGCGUGGUCUCCAGACAGACAGGAACACCAUCCACAAGAACCUGUGUGUAAGCCUGUUUCUUGCUGAGCUGCUGUUUCUCACUGGUAUUGACAAGACCCAGUACCAGGUGGUAUGUCCCAUCCUGGCCGGUCUACUGCAUUUUUUCAGCCUCUCCGCCUUCUCGUGGCUAUGCUUGGAAGGUGUUCAGCUCUAUCUUAUGCUGGUAGAAGUGUUUGAGACUGAGCACUCUCGUCGCAAGUAUUACUACCUCUGUGGAUAUGUGUUUCCUGCUCUUGUUGUGGGUAUCUCUGCAGCUGUGGAUUACAGGAGCUAUGGGACGGAUAAAGCUUGCUGGCUGCGAGUUGAUAAUUACUUCAUCUGGAGUUUCAUUGGCCCUGUAUCUCUUGUUAUUGUGGUGAACCUCCUUAUUCUUCUGGUUACUCUCCAUAAAAUGCUUCGCUCCUCAUCAGUCCUGAAACCAGACUCCAGUCGCCUGGAAAACAUCAAGUCCUGGGCAUUAGGAGCAGUUACUCUUCUCUUCCUUCUUGGACUUACUUGGGCUUUUGGACUUUUGUUCAUAAACAAGGAGUCGCUGCUCUUGGCGUACCUUUUUACGACCUUCAAUGCUUUGCAGGGCCUUUUCAUAUUUAUCUUCCACUGUGCUCUGCAGAAGAAGGUCCAUAAGGAAUAUAGUAAAUGCUUGAGACACUCAUACUGCUGUGUGAGGGGCCCUGGAGCUGAACAUGGAACUUUAAAAUCGACUGUUAAUAGUCGCUACUAUACCCAGAGCCGAAUACGCAGAAUGUGGAAUGACACCGUCAGAAAACAGACAGAGUCAUCUUUCAUUGCUGGAGAUCUUAACAGUACACCAACUCUAAACAGAGGCACUAUGGGUAACCACUUAUUGACUAAUCCUGUGCUGCAAAGUCGUGUGGGCACCAGCCCAUAUAACACGCUAAUAACAGAAUCUGUUGGGUUCAGUCCCUCUUCCCCAGGAUACAAUGCAACUGGAAGUUUUCGAGAUCCCAAACAUACCCUAAGUCGGGAUCCAUGUGGCAAAGAUCCGCUCCCUCCUCUCCCUCUUAAUGGCAACUUUAACAACAGUUAUUCACUUCGAGCCGGAGAUUUCCCCCCAGACCCUUCAAAGUUGUCUGAAGGAGGCGGAGGCAUGGGAGGACGUCGCAAUUUGGCUGAUGCAGCGGCUUUUGAAAAGAUGAUCAUCUCAGAGCUGGUGCACAGCAAUCUUCGGGGCAAGUCUCAUGGGGGAGCAGCAGAGACAGGAGAAGAGGAGGUGGUGGCUGGGGCAGUAGCUGAGGGUGGGGAGGUCCCUACGCUUGAGAUGGAACGCAUGUACAAAGCACUAGAGGAGCCUCUACUCCUGCAGAGGGCACAGUCAAUCCUGUAUCAGAGUGACCUAGAGGAGUCAGAGGCUGAGGCCGCCCCACGCGACUCUCCUAAUCGCGACUCACUCUACACAAGCAUGACAAACCUCAGAGACUCCCCUUACCCAGACAGCAGUCCUGAGACGGGUUUGCCCUCAGCUGGGGAGAUGUUACCCUGCCAUCAAGGGGUGCCCCCUCCAACGGGGGCAGAUGCCAUGUACUUCCCAAGCCGACUGGGGUCAGUACCGAGGGGGCAGCUGCAAGCCUUCUACCAGAUGCCUCAGGGGUUUCUGGGUCUGGAGGGGGCAGUGCCUGAGGGUGACGGGCAGAUGCAGCUCAUUACAAGCCUCUGAACUCAUUUGCCCACUAGAUGCUAACCCAAAUUCCCUCUACAAAAAAAAUUAAACUGCCUCCCCUCCGCCAUAGUAAAAGCAGGGUCAAGUGGAGGGAGAAGGCAUGUAUUUAGUGGCUAUUUGUUGGGGCUGGGGUGAGGGUAAGUUUCUUUAUUGGCCUGUGGACCAUGUUUCGAAGGCAAGUAGAAUGUGGGCUCAAACUACUUGGACUUCAUUUUUGAUCCUGUUAGUUUAAAGGGGUAAGUUGCGUGGGGCAGUCCAAAUAGGGAGGGGCUACGGGUGCCAAAAAAUGCCCCAUUGAACAUAACCAUGAACCCCAUGCAAAUCAAGAAAAGUUUCUAAUAUAUCUUCGGGAUUGGUGCUGAAAUUUACAGUAUUGUUGUCCAGCCAAUGAAAAUACAAGAUAAGAAGAAGCAAAAUGGGGGUGGGAGUAAGUGAUAUAUAAAGUAAAGCUUGGCAGCCAAUGAGUGUUAGUAAUAAAAAGGAAGUCUGAAGGUUUCAGAAAUAAUUAGAUGGUGCCAAAUGCCCAAUGGGUUUGUAUGAUACUGAGUAGCAGUAAUUGUUCAGUCUGUGACUGCAAGAUUAAAAUUUAACUAUGUCAGAUUUCAGAAUAUAUUUAGUCUUCUCAAAAAUGUGAUCAAAACAGAUCAUAAAGACAGGUGGUUAUUUUGGUUUCUCAUCCAAAACAGGAAGCUUCUCAUGAUUUACGACACAACGCUGAACUUCCUCUGGGACAAAGACCCAACAACCCCUCUCCCUAACCAAAUCCCUCCACCUGCCCUACGACCAGGGAAGGACAUUUUUUGAAGUAAUUGUGGCUACAAAUUGCAAUUUAUGUGGAAAAGGAACGAAGCACCAAACCAACAAAUCUCCCUUAACGUGAUGAGAACGAAAAAUGGAAGUUGUGGUACAAUCUGGACUCAGCUGCCCUGCAUAUUCUUAUUUAAGCACAAAAAUACCCCUUUUUCUCCCAUAUAGGGAGAAACAUGGGAACUUUAGAAAUGAAAGAGGCAAGAGUCUUUUUUGAAUGCUGUAAAUAAUGAACUUCUGAUUGGGGAGGGAGAGAAGAGGGGAUAUACCGACAACCUUCCUCCCAAAAAAAAGAGGUGUGGAACUGAUCAGCAAGGGGUUAGCUUUUCAUCUACAUAUCUGCAUUUCUGUAAUGCAUCUAAGUUUUCUAAUGGCCACUUUCUCACUCACUUUUUCUUCAUGUGACUUUAGGCCCAUCGGUGAUCACUAUUCCCAAAGAAUCCACAUUGUGUCCAUAGCAACAUUUAUUCUUUGCUUCUGUUUGUCUAUAUUUUGCAUGUUGAAGAAAGUUUUUGAAUCUUUUUUUAUGCAUUACACAGGAAACUGCAAGAUUUAGUCUCCGGCAAGUCUAAAAUCUCCACAUCAUUCAUGGUAUCUUUGUGACAGUUUCAUGUAUCUGUCCACAAAGGGGAAUGACCGAACAGUCAUGUUUUUUGGUUUUUUUUGUAGUUGUUUCUUCUUUGCAAAAAAGAAAUCACAAAACUGAGUCACAAAUAUGAACAAUCAAUUGUAGUUAGCUGUAAUGUCACUUAAUGACUCCUAUAAGUAAACAAAGUAGAUGCUUACAUGUCAACACUGUAAAAUGAGGGUAAACAUUAUUAUUUUUUUUAAAGAGAUUUAUUCUAAAAUCCCCAAAUAUAAAAAAUGGUGACUUAAAAUGCGAGGGCCUGAAAGCUCAAAGCUUGUCAAUACCUAAAAUGAUGACCCUUUGCUGCUAAAAAAAAAGAAGUAAUUCAGUAUAGGGAAAAGUGCAAUAAGGCGCUAAAUUGAGGCCAGAUGCCUCCUUAAUAAACAGUGCCUCAAUUUUGUGACCUUGACCACCUACAGGGGGUCUCUUGCCUUUCUGUGGUGGUUGCACAUAGCUAACACCAAAACAUACAGUAUGUACUGAAUUAGCAUUAUAAAAGCCAUGUACAGAUUUUCACCUCUUUAAAUAUACACAUACACAUAUAGAGACAUAUUAAGUGGAAAAUUAGAUUAUGAGUGUUAGUUGUGAGGUAAAAGGCACAAAAAAAAUCCCAUUUAGGGUAUUUAAUCCCUCACAUGAAUCCAUUUCUCUGGACUUUUGUAGCUCGUUAGCUGUUUUUAACAAACAUAUUUAUUGAGCAAAGUUUGACAGCAGAAAGGAGCCUACCGAUAACAGCUCACUUCACUUUACUCUUCUGUAAAUUUGCCAGGAUUUAGGGUGUUUAACUAUUCUUUGGUUUGAAUAUUAUAAGGGGGAAGGACAUCGUCAGUUAUGUCAGCCUGACUGCAAUAUUAAAUCAGCCAUUAUGUCCCCACAGAGUAGGAAUGUGACAGGUAACAUUGUCAUUGGGAAGCAAAUUCCUGUUAACCCAUAAAGAGAGAUGCAUAGCAUAGUUUCUCAAUGUGUUGUAGCCUUCUCUGAACAGGGCUUGACAAACUCAGGAGCCAGGAAGACACUGGCUCCUAGAAUUUUACCACUAGCUCCUAACUUUUGGGCUUAUUCUCCAUAUAUAUAUAUAUAUAUAUAUAUAUAUAUAUAUAUACAUACAACUACCAAUGUUUGGCUCCUAAAAGAAUGUCUGGCUCCUAAUAUUUAAACAGAUUUGUCGAGCAUUACUGUAUGACAUUAAAGGGUUUAAUUCCUAACUCUGACUUUACUUGAGAAAAUUGGUCACAAAAUCCUAGCACCAUGGUGUCAUGCAAAAGACCUCUGAGACAUAGUGGUCAGAGAUUUAAUAGCCGCAGCAUUGCAACCAAACACCCAGUACCACUAAUCCACAUAAACUUUAAAUUUACCCUUUUAUUGUUCAACAAGUGCAAUCUUUAAAAAAAGCUGCUAAAAAAAUCGAUAGUCAUUUAAAUACCUAAUAUAAAGUAGCACUUAUCUUGUUAGAAAAGUUUUAUCAGCCCAGAAGAUAAUUUUAAAUACUCUAUUAAGUUAAAAUAACAUAUAAAAGAAAUCUUAUUGUAAGGGCUAUUAGACCUAAGACAAUUUUAGAAAUUGCUUGCAAGUAGCAGUCUUUAAAUCAGAGGACAUUUCUCAGUGAAUGAUAGUGAGAGGUGCCAUGGAUGUACAUAAAUAUAAAAUAUAUUUAUAUAUAAAUACACGCACAUACAGGACAGGAAAGUUACAUUUUUUACUAGAGUAGUAAAAUAAAUAUUAUUUUUCCUGGC